AUGGAACAAGAUGAGAAACAGCCCUCUUGGUGCUGCUUGUGUGCUCGUUCGGUGCGGACCUGGUACCUCUUUGGGGAAGCAGCAGCAGAGGAGGCUCCAGCACUCGCCGUAACCAAUGAAAAGCCCAAGGAAGGAGUCAAGACUGAAAACCACGAUCGUAUUAAUUUGAAGGUGGAGGGGCAGGAUGGUUCCAUGGUGCAGUUGAAGAUUAAGAGGCAUACGCCACUUAGUAAACUAAUGAAAGCCUGUUGUGAAGGACAGGGUUUGUCAAUGAGGCAGAUCAGAUUCCGAUUUGACGGGCAGCCAAUCAAUGAAACAGACACACCUGCACAGCUGGAAAUGGAGGCUGAAGAUACAAUUGAUGUGUUCCAGCAGCAGACAGGAGGUGUCUACUAAAAAGGGAAGCUGCUACUUUACUCCAGAAUUCUGUUCCUCCAGACCAAGAAGACAUUCUCAAUUAGAAAACCGCAAUUUGGUUCCACCACAUCCUGGCUACUACAGUAUAGUUCCUCUAUUCUUUCAUUUUCCCC